AUGCCCCUGACCUGUCUUGGGCCCAGCAAAGUUGUCCCUGGGGCUACAGGCGUCUUCCUCACUUGCGCUCUUAAAAAGUUCACUCCGGUGGAAAUAGCGCCAACGGUUGGAGCUACUUCUCCUCCGUACCUGUGUAAUCUUAUUAGUGCACCCAGACGCACGAUAUCACUGAGGCGGUUUCUUGCCCUGCGACACCAGUUUAGCAGUGGGAUGUGCUUCAAUAUCGCCACGUUGCGUGGUUGGUAUUUACUCGCACCCAGCACUCACGCACCGCUCUCUGAUCCUUCCGGACUGAGGGCAUGGAUGCAGCGGCACCACCAUCGCUACACUCACGUGUGUUCUACGGGGAAUGGUUCCGGUUCUUUGGGUCUGCGAUAUGAGGGUGAAGAACAGGGCGUUUUCACUGCUUCUGGCGGCGACUGUAAUCCUGCUGACUUUGAAGAUGAAGAAGACGAAACUGUUGUGGAAGACAAAGGGGAUGCAAUGCAGUCUUCUGCAGCCGCAUCUCCUGGUCGCAGUACUUCAGCGGGGGCUGUGUCACCGCUCUGCAUCCAAGAAGAGCAUUUAUUUGAGAUUAAUGACGGAAUACUUUGGGAAAUGCCUCCAAAUGAUGACUUGGCGAGCCCUACCUACUGGAGAAGGCACAGGGAACGUAUGCAAGUGUACGAGGAUACGAGCGUAGGCGUUGAGCAAGCGGAGUUGAUUGGGUCUGAUGCCACUGGCGGGAGUUCCCAUGAAUCAGUUGUUGCCGUAGAGAAGGAACAGUACACGGGACAGUUGAGACUGGUCCGCGCCCUGACAUGCAAGGCUAACGUCCGCCUCACUGUUGACGAUAACACACAACUCUUGGUUCUGAUGCCUGUCGUUGAUCUUAAGGAGGGCGAUGAGCUGUUACUUCAUUACGGCCGCGAGUGGUGGUCUCAUAGACUCCUUUCUACGUUAUUUAUGUCUGUGCAGGACAAAGAGAUAUCUGACGUUCGGUGGGUCGAGUCACUAUUUGCGAAACCUACAGAUGUCCAUAGGCCGUUCCCUUUGCUUUGUCGGGCAUUCGCAGGGAAGAGGAAGAGGAGGUUGGUGGGACGUGAGAGGGACGCUGGGAGAGAGGGGAGAACAUCGACUGAAUGCAGCAAUUCCGAAGGAACAGGGAAUGAUGCCAAGGUGGUUUUGUACAAUAUCGCAACCAAGAAGAAGGCGACGGACUCAGAGGCACUUAUUUUUGCCGUACGGAGAAGUUGUGUUGAUAGGAAUUUCUUCACAAGUCUGGUUGGGGGGAGUGAACGAGGUGCGUUUAAUGCUUCUCGCUGCGAUGAUGAAGUUCCCAUCAGCCGCGUGCGGCGUGUUCUUUUGCAAUCACUACGCCAGGGUGGAGGAACGGUGGGUGAGGGACCGGCCAAAGAUUCGUUAGACGAAGGCGAAACCCAGGAUGACGGAUCCUUUUGUUUUUAA